AUGUCAAUCUGUAAUCUGUGAAUUAGCCCAAAUGGGGGGUUCUAGUAUGAUCUAGUACAAUCUCUGAAGAUUAUCAACGACUCAUCAUGUCGGGGACCAAGAGUGAAGACAGUAAAAAUGAUAAUUUAAAUAGGCAAGGAUCCUUCAGGAAGCUUGUGCCAGGAAGUAGUAAUGGAGAGUCUUCAUUAGGCAUGUCUGUAAAAAUGAUAGACAGACCGAUCGUCCCGCAAACUAACAAGCAACAUGCUGUUUUCUUACAGGAAUAUAAUAUUAUUUCAGAAUACAAGAUGUUGUGUUCUCAAGAUUUAAAGGGAAUUUAUGUAAUACCGUCUGCUUUAAAUUCUUUUUUAUGGUUUGGUGUACAAUUCAUUCGACAAGGGAUCUACAAAGGCGGAGUUUUCAGGUUCACCAUUACAUUACCACCAAACUUUCCGCUCGGAGAUUGUCCUAAAGUUGUAUUUGAAACUCAAGUUUUCCAUCCAUUGAUAAAUCCAGAAAACGGAGAAUUGUGCACAUCAUGGGGAUUUCCUGAAUGGAGAAGAAAUAACAGAAUUUGGCAAUUGAUACAAUAUAUUACAAAAGUAUUUAUUAAACUGGAUCCAAAAAUGACUCCAAUUAAUCAGGAAGCAUCUAGCUUACAAGAAAGUAAUCUUGAGGCUUUUCGAGAACGUGUGAAAACUUGUGUCAAAGCAAGUGUGAAUCAAGUAUUUGAUUUACCAACCAUGGACGAUUCGCAUUAUAUUACAUUCACUCGAUAUGUGAAUGAAGUGCAUGAUCCCAUUAAACAAGAAAUUUAUGAACCAAAGAGCGAAGAUGAAAAUAAACCAUUGGGUUUGUCAUGGGUACAACCUGGCUCUCUUCAACCAUUUUCAAAACCAGAAGCUAGAUAAUAAAAGAAUUUAAAAUUCAAAUACUGACAAAUAGUGAAAUAACAUACAUCCUUAAGAGAUGUAUAAGAAAAUUAUUGCUCUCUUGGCAAUCAAUAUAGAUACAAACUUAUUAAUAUUACUAUUUUUCUAUUCAGAGAUUAUAUAUAUGCCUUAAAAUUUUAUAUGAAUCUAUGUGUUAAGUGAUUGCUGUGUAGAACAAAUUAGAAUAUAUGCUCUUGUAGUUUUUAAUAAAAAGAGAUUAUAUACAUUUAUUUGU